UGCUUUUGAGAUAUGCAUUGGAUGCCUUUGGUGCUUGUGUAUAAGUUAUGGUGUUUCUUACAUUUUGAUCUUGCCUUGAAAAAAAGUUCCAAGCGCAGCAAGAAAACUGUUGUAAAGGCUUCACCGAUUCGAAGAAGCGAUAGUAUGCAGCUUGCAGAGAUUAAGAAAAGGCCAAAAGUACACGCAGCGCAUGUCGACUUGGGCGAGGAUGACAAAGAUUCUGUGGAAGAUGGUGGUGCAAAUGGGAAUGAGAAUGCUGGUUCAGAUGUGUCUGGAGAUGAUGUAGUGAGUGGGGGAGAUGAUGGUGGGAGUGCAGAAGAGGAGACUGACGGGAUAACCAAAUUGAAGGAGAAGUACCUGCGAAUUCAGUCGAGAGCUUCUCCCAGCGUUUUGCAGAAAGUGGUUGAAGCUCUGGACGAAGUUCAGAGGCGGGUGGUUGUGAGGAUUGGGUUUGGGUCUAUGUUAAGGAUCAAGUUAACUGAGCUUCCGGCGAAACUAGGAUUUUGGGUGGUAGAGAAAUUCAAUCCUAGGAGUAGCAGUAUUGAACUUGCAGACGGAACAAAGGUGCAUGUGACGGUUGAUGAUAUUAGACAUGUUUUGGGUUUGUCGUGUGGGUGUGUGAAGGUAUUAAGCAAAAAAAAAGGUGAGAAGUGUGAUAUACUUGAGCAGUUGAGGGUAGAGAUCGGAAUGAGGGACAACAAGAUCAGCCCUUUAGAGCUUAGUGAAAAGGUAUUGCAAUAUAUUGAUGGUGGUAUAUGGUUUGUUCGUCUUUUCUUGUUGUUAGUCGUGUCAGUUUUGGUUGAUAGCCCGAGCCAUGGGUAUGUAAACAAUUGGGUUUUGAAAAGAUUGGAGGAUGUGGAUGGGAUUGCACAGUUAAACUGGUGUGAAUAUGUGCACCGAGCAUUGAUUGGUAGUAGAGUGAAGUGGGAGAAGGGGAAUAGAAAAUACUAUAUUGGACCUCUAUUGUGCUUGAUGGUGUUCUACAUGGACCGAGUGGUGCUCUAUAGUAGAGACGUAGAGAGAAUGUCGCCUGCAUUUCUGGGAUGGACAUCUAAGAUCCUAAGGGAUAGGGAAAACAAGGAGGUCAGAGUAGGUGGAUUCGGGUUGGGGUAUGAAGAUGGUAGAUUUGUUGGUGAGGUGAUGGAUGUGAGCUCUGGUGACACAGUUGUUGAAAAGGGGAAAGUACUGGCUACCACAAUCAUCGACCUAGUGUCGUUGAUUGAGAGUGCACCAUCUGGUACCAUGGAGAAUGAUGUGUUCAGGCAGCUACAGCUUGCAGCGGGUAGAUUAUUGGGUUUGGCACAACGUAGAGGCGGUGGAAGCUUAGAAACACCUGAUGGAGGUUUUUCUGAGGUGACUUAUGAUGAAGGUUUCUGGAGCGACCCUGCAAACAUAGAACAGUUGAUGGCGAAUGCACGUUCAAAAUACAAGAAGAUCAUGGAGGAUAUGCCAUCGUUCAGUCUAGGGUUCUCGCAAUUGGAUGUAGAGAAUGAGAAUGUGAAUAUUGAUGGUGGUGAUAUCGGUGCUUGCAAAAAUACUCCUAGCACUCCAGCAGUUCGGGUUGUGAAUGAGCCGGAGAGUAACCCUGUGGUUGAAAAUGUUUUCAUAACACCUGGAGAAGUGCAUUAUCGUGUGGGAGAUGCAGUUGAUAGGGAUUUGGCUGGUGGAAGUAGGAAUCAGCCGGACAAGAUUGAAAUGACAGCGGUUGCUGGUGUGAGUGCAGUGGGUGAUGGAACUGUGCCAGGAACUGAUCCAGAGGUGAAGCAAUACAAUGCAGCAAGGAAGUUCGCUAGGAGUAUAAAACCUGUCGGGCCUUUGAGAUCACCCUACCUUACGCGACCGAUUGAUCCUUCAGAUGGGUUAUCUGUCCUGGAGAAGAGGGUGACGAAUUGGGUGUUGCAGAUUCCGAAUGCUCCAAAGGAUGAAGCUUUUUUCGUGAAGGAUGGAUUUGAGUUAACAAGAGGUGAAAUUGCAUCGUUGGAUAUAGGGGAGCAUAUUUCAAAGAGGGUGAUAGAUGUGUGGUCAAUAAUACUCAACCACAAUGAGAAAUUCAGAAGUGAGGAAUCCCCGUUGCGUGUGUUUGCUAGGAGCAUGGAUUGUGUUGCAAAUGGGGAUAUAGUCGAUGUGUCUGAGGCGAACGUGAAGAACAUGUUUGCAAAUGCGCUGCUUCCUGCGUGGGAUGACAUGGCAGAUGAUUUCAACUGGGGGAAAGCUAAACUGAGAAUUACGUUCCCUUGGAGAGAUCCGAAGGCUACGUUUGACUACAGUGUGGAAACCAUGCGUCAUAUGGAGACGUAUAUGGGGGAUGGUGGCAAAGGAUGGAACAGUGGCUUGUCGAGGUUAAAUCUGAAACCUAUGUUGUUGCUACGAUGCAAGUACUGUGCAUGUAUACUUCUAAGCCCAGUUAAUGCACUAUUGGACAAGGUUUACGAAGAGUCGGAGAAACUCGAAAGGGAGAGGAAGGAAAAGGAUCCUAAGUGAACCCACCCCUGGAAUGGCUGCAUCUUACUUUUGUGUUUUUGUUGAAUUAUUUUAAUUUGUUGUUGGUGAAAGUUGGUGACACCAUUCAUUGAUGGAAGUGUUAUUUGGGAACGAGUUAUCAGCCCAUAGUUGGGUUUUUUUGUGUGGAUUUGAGGCAGUUGUUUUUUUUGUAUAUGGUGUGAAUGGUUAUGGUUUUUUGAAUGAAGUUGUGGUGUUUCC